AGAUCUUUGAUGUGUGGUACAGUGAGACGCUCGUGAAUCAUAAAGACAUUUCGCCCCGCCGUUAAAUUUUCCCGGUGUCCGUUUACUUCGUGACGCUUCAAGAGACAACACAAUGGAUUUACAGCGUUUUGUUUUAACGAUUAAAACCGUUUUUUUUUGUUGGUAGUAGUGAAAAACAACAACUUUGAAUGCCUCAGUCACUUGUGCAGUGUAGCUAACGCGGCUAGCUGACGUUAGCUACAGUAGACGUUAACUUUGCUAGCUGAACCGGCAAACUUGGGCAACGCCGAAAAUACCGAUGGAGGAUGCUGCCGGUCCCGACACCGAGGUCCAGACGGUGUCCUCCUCGGUUUCCUCCCCGGUUCCGAGGACACCAGACGCCGAGCUGAAGAAACUUUUGUCCUUUAAAGUCUACAAGAGGAGGUGGUUCGUCCUGUUGGUCCUGUGUUUGUUAAACUGCUCCAACGCCACGUUAUGGCUGACCUUUGCACCAGUAGCAGACCAGUCCGCCAAGUUCCUGGGGGCCUCUCUGGAGCAAAUCAACUGGUUGUCCCUGGUCUACAUGGUGGUGGCCAUCCCGCUCAGCUUCGGGACCACGUGGAUGCUGGACACCCUCGGGCUGCGGACCACGCUGAUUCUGGGAGCCUGGCUCAACAUGGCCGGGGCUCUGCUGCGCUUCUUAGGGGCCUUCGUGCAGAAGGGGCCGGCUUUUCCACUCAAGUACCUGUUGGUGAUGUGCGGCCAGACCCUCGGCGCCCUGGCUCAGCCCCUCAUCAUCUUCGCCCCCACCAAGAUGGCGGCCCUUUGGUUCCCUGAGCACCAGCGCGCCAUCGCCAACACCAUGGCCUCCAUGUCCAAUCCUCUGGGCAUCCUUGUCGCCAGCCUCUCGUCCCCCCUGAUUGCUGAAACACCUGAACGCAUCCCGUACCUGCUGCUUGUGUACGCGGUCCCGGCAUGCAUCAUCUGUGUCCUAGCAACGGUGGGGAUGCGGAGCAGCUCGCCCCCCACGCCGCCGUCAGCCAGUGCCGAUUCCUCCAGCUCCGAGCCGUUCUUUAAGGGGAUCAAAUUGCUGCUGACGAACCGGGCCUACUUGGUGCUGCUGCUGUGCUUCGGGUCGGGCAUCGCCGUGUUCACCUGCUUCUCCACGCUGCUGGAGCAGAUCCUCUGCGUGCAGGGGUACACCAACACUUUCGCCGGCGUUUGCGGCGCCCUCUUCAUCGUGUCCGGCAUCGUGGGCGCCAUCCUCCUCGGCGUCUACGUCGACAAGACCAAGAGGUUUAUAGAAGCGACGAAGAUCAACAUGAGCUUGAGCGCGCUGUCGUGUAUCGCCUUCUCCGUGGUGGCUCUGAUGCAGCAGCAGAAAGUCGCCGUGGCCGUCGUCUGCUCUCUUUUCGGCUUUUUUGGUUUCUCCAUCUACCCGGUUGCCAUGGAGCUGUCGGUGGAGUGUUCAUACCCGGUCGGAGAGGCCACGUCGGCCGGGCUCGUCUUCGUGUCGGGACAGAUCCAGUCGGUUCUCUACAUCGUCCUCCUUCAGGCUUUGACCAAACGCCUUGCCGACUCUCCUCUGUCCACCUGUGGGGACGCUGUCCUGAGCUGGAAGGUGCCGAUGAUGGUGAUGGCCGGGCUCUGCGCUUUCUUCACCUGCUGCUUUGUGAUCUUCUUCCACACCCGAUACCGGCGGCUGGAGGCCGAGGAGCGGCCGGUGUACGGGACCGGGCGGAGAGAGACCCCGACCACCUCCGAAAGCGCACCGAGCGUGAAGGCGUGAGACAGAGGGAAUUGUGGGUGUUAUCAAACCUGCGGUUUUGUGUCUUUGGUACGAAGUAGAACCUCGGAAUCAAGAUUUUUAUUUAUUUUUAUUCCGGGGGCCAAAAUCUGGGGGCCAUCUACCAGAUUGGUUCAAAAACAGGUUGGAAUAUUUUUAAACGUUAUAUGUUUCCCAAAACCUUGUCUUUUUAUACAUUGUACCAUAUCUAAGUACAAAUAUCGAGCAAAGGAAACAUCAAUUUUGGGAUGUUUUUCCUCUCCCAAAAAUUUUCAUAGUAAUACUAUAGUAAAAAGGUCUUAUUAUUACCCCGUUAAGAUUCCUUCCCUUCUCAAAAGAAAUCGUACAACUUCUAUUCAAACUAUUUAUAAAGAUCUUUGCAAUUAUACCAUUGAAAAAAAUCUUUUUAAAUUGAAAUAUAAAUCUCAGGGUUGGGGGGACAGCUACUUCCCAAAGAAAGUACACUAGAUGUUUAAUAUAUUUAGCUUAUCACUAUCUAAUUUAAUAUGUUGGGUUUAAAUAGACCAGAACAUAUUCUUAGCAAAUGUCUGUGUCUGAAUUCUUAAUCGUUUCGUUAAACGUGGUUUCUUGUUGUGGGACAGCCCUUUGAACAAAUUUGGUAUGAUGCCCCAUAUAGCAGAUUUGGCAUUCAAUGUGUUGCUAUUCUUUUAAACAAAAUCUUUAUAAUAUUCUAGAAAAGGGGCGUGAAUGAACUCAGCCGGCUUCAUUUAAAUAUACAUAUAUGCAUUUUUUAUUUUUACACAAAAUAAUUUCUUGAGAGCACAUCUGUGGGAACACGAUAUCCUGGAGAACAUUCCCACACUGAUCAUGUCUUUGAGAUUUGAAUGAAGGAGAACUCGAUGCAGCUCCACCGCUCUGGAUAAAUGCAUUGUUUCUGCUCGGGGAACCCUUUCACAUCCCUAAAAAAACAUUCAUGGCCGUGUUGCACUAAGGCGCAGAGGAUAACUGGACUUUCUGCUGCUGAUCAUGAGCACAUGAUUGUUGUACUAAAACCACUAUGAACACAGUGUAGUAACUGCUGGUUAUCUGAGAGCUCCGUUGAGUCAUCUGUGAUGAACUACUGGUCCCAGCUAAUAAACCAAAUCAGAGUAACACUAUUGGUCUUCAAGGUGAUAAAUACCACCAAUAACAAUAACCAAUAGCAUUUAACUAAUGACUUCAGUUGAAGGACUGCUUAGAGGACGUGGAAGCCUUGAAGAGUUUAUUUUAUAGAGAUGUGUGCAAUAAACAGCGAUGAUUGCUGUUCAUGGUAGAUGUUUAUUACCGUACGAAAAAUCCUUCUAGUGAAGGCAACUAAAGCACAACUGAUUUUUAUAUUGCACAGAUAUUUGUGCUGAACGACUUGGGAAACUAGGAGGAAAUGAAUGAAGUGGAGGUGUCUGACCUCAGAUCUUACAUGUGUAAAUAUGAGAACUAUUUCUUCUCAAGUGUUUCUGAUUACUGACGCAGUUUCGUUUUUCAAUACCUUACGAAUGACAAUAAAAUGUUACCUCAAGGA